GGUCGCCCCCCUUCGGCAGCCCAGCGAGUGCGUCCCUCCAGGCCGACGGGGGCGGUGUGUUGGGAGAUUGUACCUGUCAAGCGAGCGACCUCCCUCCGCUUCCGAGUGCUGGCCGCCGCGCUCCUUUGCCUUCUCUGUUCUGCUGGCUCUAGGUAAAGCUGGCGUGUGCCUGCUUUUCGCUCAGGAUUCCUGCCUGCUUCUUGUUACUGGAGCGCUACUCGACAGAAAGGAGGCCAUGGCAGAGCACAGUGGAGAAACCCGAGGAUGGAGCGAGGCUCAGCUGAGGAAAUACACCUUCCCCACUAAGGCCAUCCCCAGGAUGUCCUGCAACGAUCCACGGGCUGAUGCCUUAAUAGACAAUGAGGAACCAGUGGUGCUGACAGAUACUGACUUGGUUUACCCAGCCCUGAAAUGGGACUUGGAUUACCUACAGGAGAAUAUUGGAGAUGGGGACUUUUCUGUUUAUGUUGCCAGUACACACAGGUUCUUGUACUACGAUGAAAAGAAAAUGGCUAACUUCAGGGAUUUCAAGCCAAAGUCAAGGCGAGAAGAAAUGAAAUUCAAUGAGUUUGUGGAAACACUGGGUAAAAUCAAGCAAGGUGAUCCAAGGUAUUAUUUACAACAAACAUUGAAUGACACCGUAGGGAAGAAGAUUGUCUUGGAUUUCCUGGGUUUUAAUUGGAAUUGGAUUAACAAGCAACAGACAAAACGGAACUGGGGGCAGCUCACAUCCAAUUUACUUCUUGUAGGAAUGGAAGGAAAUGUUACACCAGCACACUAUGAUGAGCAACAGAAUUUCUUUGCACAAAUUAAGGGUUAUAAACGUUGUAUUCUCUUCCCACCUGAUCAGUUUGAUUGUUUAUAUCCAUACCCGGUCCAUCAUCCUUGCGACAGACAGAGCCAGGUGGAUUUUGAAAAUCCAGAUUAUGAAAGAUUUCCUAAUUUUAGAAAUGUAGUAGGAUAUGAAACAGUUGUUGGGCCUGGAGAUGUUUUGUACAUUCCCAUGUACUGGUGGCAUCAUAUUGAGUCAUUACUAAAUGGAGGAAUCACUAUUACUGUCAACUUCUGGUACAAGGGUGCACCAACUCCAAAGAGAAUUGAAUAUCCAUUGAAAUCCCAUCAGAAGGUUGCAAUUAUGAGGAAUAUUGAAAAAAUGCUGGGAGAAGCUCUGGGAGAGCCACAGGAGGUCGGGCCAUUAUUAAGAAUGAUGAUUAAAGGCCGAUAUGAUCAACCUUACUCAUAAAGUUUUUUUAAAAAAUCAACUCUUUCUGCGGACUGUUCACCGAUGCUUUCCUCAAGUAAAUGGCGCCAGAGAGAGACUAAGCAUACCGUACCGUGAGCAUUGUGUGCCUGCACUUAAAGAAACGCAGAAACUCUUUUCUUAUUCAAAAUAGGCUGCCAUUAAUCCAUUGAGGUGAAUUUUUGUAUCUGCCAUCCAUGUGCCCGUUGGACUGAAGCCUCUGAAAAUGGAACUCUGUUAUCAGUUAAUUGGCACAUUUCCCCUGAAAUGUUUAACACUGAAUGUGUAUGUAGACCACUUUCCACCCAUUUAUAAAGGAUUUAAGUUUAUUUUCUUUAAGCAAUGAAGGUCUUGUGCUCUUGCUGCUGGAGUAGUAAGAAUGGACUAGGUGCUGUUAGUACACGGCAUUUAAAUAUGAGGUUUAUCACUGUAGGCCUCUAUAUUUGGAUUUAUUUUUUAAUCUCUGGUCUGCAUUUCAUACCUUGUGAUUGUGAAGAAUUCGGUAACAUGGUCAGGCCUUAAAAUGCUUGAUUUGAAUUAAUAACGUGACAACGGUAAGUACAAUAUAAUUAAGUACUGUUGUCACUUGGAGAAACAAUAUCAAAAAAAAUUCUUAAUAUUUGUCAUGGGACAAGGUCAGUGUUUUAUGUACAACACUGCCUCUCCUAAAAUGUAGGGCAAAGCAUCAGGCCAUGAAAUGGUAAAUGUGAUGUCACAAUCUUAAAUAUUGUCCGUUGCCUCAAACAAGUGCCAUUGCUAUUAGUCUGUGAGACUAUACAAUGGAUAAGAUCAUUUUGGGUGAUUUUGUUUGCACUUACAUAAUUUAACUUUUGGAGCACUCCAAUCCAUUUGCCUUUAUCCAUCUAUCUCUUAAUCCCCUACCUUUCUUGUUACCCAACUAUCUCACUGUCUUUGCCUUCCUCGCUCUUGGUUUUGCACUCUCUCUGCUUGUCCUGCAUUAUAUCCUCCACCCUAGAUAUAGCUUGUAUAAAUGUCUUCCAUUUCAAACAUUGAUUCUCUACAUGGUAUUAAAACCCAUAAUAACCUUAAUCAUACAGCAGCUUUGCUGAUGACUCCUAUAGUUUUAAUAUCCCUAUGAAUUCUCUUCAACAAUAUAAGAGAACUUGCAUGUCUUUCCUCUAGAAUCUCUAUAUUUGCUUGCAAUGUAACAUUUUGAUCUUUUUCCACUUCUGCUGGAAAAUUAUCAACCUGAAAUAAUUAACUUCUCUCUUUACAAGUAUUGUGUGACCUGCGAAGUAUUUCCAGUGUUUUCUCUCUUUAUUUUAGCUAAUUUAUUUUGCACCACUAUGGCUGUUUCAUAUUGAGAAGUGAACUGGCUGUAAACUGAUUAAAACCUUGGGAAAUCGGUUUUAUUUUCCAGUUGAGCUACUGUAAUGAACUAAAAGCAAAACUCCAUAAGUGCUGUGUCUGAACCAAUAACAAACAAAAAUUGGAAACUAAGUCAAUGAGCAACUGCUUUUUGGACUCCCCAAAAUAUCCUUUGUUUUGUUCUGAUGUGGUAACCCACCUAGUUUUCAUGUCUUUAUACAUCUUAAACUAAUCCAUAAGACAUAGGAGCAAAAUUAGGCCAUUCGGUCAAUCAAGUCUGCUCUACCAUUCCAUCAUGGCUGAUUUAUUAUCUCUCUCAACCCAAUUCUUCUGCCUUCACUCCUUAAUCUUUGACAGCCUUACUAAUCAAGAACCUAUCUAUGUCUCCUUUAAAUAUACCCAAUAACUUGGCUUCCACAGCCAUAUCUGGCCAUUAAUUCCACAGAUUUACUCCUCCCUGGCUAAAGAAGUUUCUCCUCAUCUGUGUUCUAAAGGGAUGUCCUUUUAUUCUCAGGCUGUGGCCUCUGGUCUUUGACUCUCCCAUGUCCACUUUAUGUAGUUCUUUUAAUAUUUGAUAAGUUUCAAUGAAAUUCCACCCCCCCACCAAUUCUUCUGAACUCCAGUGAGUAGAAGCUCAGAGCUAUCAAACAUUCUGCAUAUGUUAACCCUUUCAUUCCUGGAAUCAUUCUCAUAAACUUCCUCUUGACCCUCUCCAAUGCCAGCACAUCUUUGUUUUGAUUAAGGGGCCCAAAACUGCUCUCAGUACUCCAUACAGUCUGACCAAUGCCUUGAAGCCUCAGCAUUAAAUCCUUGCUUUUAUUUUCUAGUCCUCUCAAAAUGAACACUAACAUUGCAUUUACUGUCUGUGCCAGCAACACAACCUGCAAGUUAACCUUUAGGGAGUCCUGUGAGGACUCACAAAUCCCUUUGCACCUGAUUUCUGAAUUUGCUCUCUGUUUAGAAAAUAGUCUAUGCUUGUAUUUCUUCUAACAUACAUUUCUCUGCACAAUAUUCUACCUGCCACUUUUUUGCUCAUUCUGCUAAUCUAUCUAAGUCUUUCUCCAGAUCCCUACUUCCUCCAUAUUACCUGCUCUGCUCCUUUAUAUCGUCUGCAAACUUGGACACAAAGCCGUCAAUUCCAUCGUCCAAACCUUUGACAGAUUAACGUGAAAGGAAGCAGUCCCAACAUCAAACCCUGUGGAACACCACUAGUCACCACGGAGUCUGACAACUACCAAUAUUGUAAAUCUGAGAUAACAAGUGGGAGUACAAAGAAAAAGCAUUGGAUGUGUGGUAAGGACAGUUCCUGGAUAUCCCUAACUGAGAAUCUUGGCCCAGGGUUUAGAGAUUUCUCUUAAGACUCAUUGUGGGGCUUGAGUAGGGAAAUCACCACUUUAUGGAACAAGUGAGUUAUCUGCACUGUAAUUCAAACUGGCCCCUUUAAAAGAUUAAAAAAGAGCAUAGAAAUAUAUGGUUAAAAUAAAAUUAUACUUGACAGUGCCCUAUCUGCACAUCUUUCUCCCCAUUGCUGUUCCUCGGCCAGAGCUGAUUCAACUGCGCUGCCUUCAUGGGGAAAAUUAAUAGCAUGACCCAGCAAGUGUACUUCUGGUUUUUUGUUGUUACUCUGAGAGCAGGAAGAUGGCUAGAGCAGUAAUUUUGCACAGAAGUCUGCCAGCUCAGUACAGAGCAGGACUGGAUUCUGUGACUUCACUUUGGCUGUAAAAGUGUCUUUGUCAGAUAGCCCAAAUAGUUUAUACCUGUUGCCCAAUUGCUUGGAAAGCUUGACGCUUGCUUGAAGCAUGUUAUUCACAGUAUGCUAAAUGUCACCUCUUCAGUCGGAGAAUCAGUCACCUGUCCUUGAAUAGUCCCUAAACAAUCAGUACCUAAAUGAGUACCUUUGUAUAGUUUGGGUUGUCAUUCAGAAUUCCUGCAAUUUUUAUCUGUGGUUGAAAACUAUGUGAAACAUCAUCUGGUUCUAAUGAUCAGUGUGCAGGAGGUAAGAAGUGCAUAAGCUGAGGCAAUUGAUUCUUUGAUUUUAGUUAAAUGUUUGGUUUGCUCAGUAUCACUUAUUAUACCCUGAUACAAACACAGCGUCUGCUGGAUGUCAGCGAGUGGAAUUGGGUAACUAGUUUGAGAUCUCACCUGGUCAUGUAUUAGAUCUGCAAGAAUAAUGUCAGAAAGCCCAGAGCUAAAAGGUCAGGAGAGUCUUAACAGUGUGGAUGUCUUACCUAAAAGACAGGUGGAAACUUCCAGAGUUCUUUAAAAUGAUGAAAGUGUUUUUAAGUGUCAAACAUAAUGAUAUGGAGGAAACUGAAAUGAAAAGUUAUAAUUUUUAAAAAUAUUUAGGAGAAACAUUUAAUUAUCAUCUUAGCCCCAAGAGCUAAAUGCCAGUAGAAGGAUGGGGAAUGGAAAUUAUUCAAUUGCCUUCUGUAAUGGUGUAAUAUGAUAGCAGUUGAUUGUUGGACACUGAUUCUGAAAUUUGGUUCCAAUGAACUUAACCAAACUAAAUUUUUGGAGCAGAAUACAGCGCACAGCUAUUGAUACAUUGCCAUUUUACACAAGUCUCUAAGACAGAUUUCUACAUGAUGAAAACUUCUAUUACAGCUAUUCUGUUGAUUUAUAUUUCUGACACUUGAUAUCCUUUUGAAGAAUGAAAUGAAUUUUUUUCCCCACUGGAAUAAGGCGAAUUGAAACUUGCCAUUUUAUCUCAAUAUACACUUGUGCAGCCUAGCUGUUGCAGAUUAGCAGUGGUGUUGCCUUAUACUGAAAGCCUUAAAGAAGGGAAUGACUGCAUCAGUCAGGAGAAGGUGCAAAAAAAGUCUCUGCCUGUUUUGCACAAUAGGCUUGGUGGUGACAGAGCUGAGGAUAACUCACUUUUCAAAGUGAAAUUUUAUGAGAAUAAGUGGUGUUUAACAGUCCCCAGUAUCAUGCACUCCACUAGUGAUGGAUGUGGAGCUUCAGCGGUUUGACCUUAAUACUUCCCAAUUGUGAUUUUAACAAGAUAUUAUCAGGGUUUGAUGUCAAAGUAAGAACACAGAAGAACUUUGCAAAAAAAAAGUGUUUCUGACAUAUAAUUGCUUGUAUGUAUGAUAAUCUCUGACUUCAAGUACAGUGUGAUACCAAUCAAUGAAGUUAAUUCCCCACUCUCUUGAGGACUCAGCAACUGUAUCCCCCUUUGCUUCACAUAUCCAGAGUGUUCACAGGAAUGCACUAAAUAGUGGUCAGAGUUGCUUCCUUUGAUUUCAGCUUUGAUUGUGGAAAGGAUGGUGUUAGAUUUCUGGAUUAGGAUGUAUUCACAAACUCAAAAUAUACUCAUUAUUCCAUUUAUUACAUCCUUUCUCUGAGAUUUUAAUCAUUCUCAGUAGAAUUGUUGGAUGCACAUGCACUGGUAUGUUUUGGCAAUGAAGAUGAAUGCUUGUCAGUACCACAUUGAUUUAAAUGAUUAACACAAGAGGUCCUGCAGAUGUUGGAAAUCGAGAGUAACACACACAAUAUGCUGGAGGAACUCAGCAAGUCAGACAGCAUCUAUGGAAAUAGAUAAAUCGUCGACGCUUCAGGCCGAGAUACUUCUUCAAGAUUCAUUGGAGGAUAAUUUUUUAAAACAUCUGUUGCUUCCCUCUUUCUUCCUACUAUGUAUCUUGCAACCCUUGAAAAUGUAAUUGCCCUUGAAUAUAUGCACCGGAUAUAUUUAAAUUAAUUCCCUGCAUAAAAUGCUCCAAUUCUGUUAUUUUGCUGUAAUUUUGUUGAUAAGAGUAAAUUGUCCAAAACAUGAAAUGAUUAAAAUCAGUAUCAAUGGUA